AUGGAACCAAAAGUUGGAUUAGAGUUUGAUAAUGUAGAACAAGCAUGGAAUUUUUGGACUGAAUAUGGUAGGAGGAUCGGAUUUGGAGUUAGAAAGCAGUAUUUUAAUAAGAGAAAGGAAGAUGGUGCUAUUACUUCUUGCAGAUACGUUUGUUGUAAAGAAGGUCUUCGAAAAGGAAAGAAACAAGAUUGUCAAGUUGCUAAACAUAGAGUUGAGACAAGAACAGAUUGUUCUGUGAGAAUUGCAAUAUCUUUGGGGAAGAAUGGGAAGUUUAUAAUUCAUGAGUUUGUAGAAGAUCAUAAUCAUCCCUUACAACUUGAGGAGACAACUCACAUGUUUGCUUCUCAUCAUAAGAUAAGUGAAGUUCAAGAUUAUGAGAUUGAAAUGGCUCAAGAAUCUGGUUUGCAACAAAAGUCCUCAUUUCAACUCCAAAGCACACUUGCAGGCAAUAGAUACAAUGCCAGAUAUACUCGGUUGGAUGCAAAGAAUUACGUGAAGGAAAGAAGACAAAGAAGUAUGGUUUAUGGAGAAGUUGGUUGUGUGAUGGAAUAUUUUCAACAACAGUUGUUAGAUAAUCCUUCAUUUUUUCAUGCAUAUCAGAUGGAUUGUGAUGAACAAAUUACAAAUGUUUGUUGGGCUGACGCGAAGAUGAUUUUAGAUUAUGCAUAUUUUGGUGAUGUAGUUUCUUUGGACAUUACAUGUUGCACUAAUCGUGCAAAUAGACCUCUUGUCUUAUUCACAGGUUUUAACCAUUAUAGAACCACCAUCAUUUAUGGUGCAGCUUUGUUAUAUAAUGAAACGACUAAUUCGUUUAAAUGGUUGUUUGAAACAUUUUCAGAAGCACAUAAUCACAAAAAACCAUUAACGAUGUUUACUGACCAAGAUCAAGCCAUGGCUAAGGCCCUUGUAGAAGUCAUGCCAGAGACACAUCAUUCCUUGUGCACAUGGCGUUUAAUGCAAAAUGGGAUCAAACACCUUGGUAAUUUGAUGAAGGGUGGAAGUCAUUUUUUAAGAGACUUCAAAAAAUGCAUGUAUGACUUUGAUACCUUCACUGACUUUGAGAAAGCUUGGACCAAGAUCGUUCAAGAGUACAAUGUCCAUGACAACAAUUGGAUGAACUCACUUUAUGCCAUAAAGGAAAAAUGGGCAUCAUGUUAUAUGAAAGAAGUUGUCACCCUAGGGAUGCGGAGUACUUAA